UGUCACUGCUGCGCGGCUCCGCUCGCCUCAACCGCCUUUUGUUGAAAGCGGACUCACACUGUGGGAGCAAAACCAGUCUGAACAUCUUUCUUUCGGACACCCCCACCCUCCCUCGCCCCCGCCCCAGCCCCUUCCAUCUUUUUACCUCCCCCCCCUCUCUCUCGCACACGGGCGACACCACCUUUGCAUGCUCUGCAUCCGUGCGCAACUUGUGCGCGCGCCCUCUCGACCGCCCGCAACGCGCCUUGCACUUGGACUUUGCAUCAUGACUACUAGUUCUAGUUGGGGGGCACCUUGCAGCCGUCUGGAAUGCUGGGCACCGCACGACCGCGUCAUCCGGGGGAGCAUGUAAACGCCAGAGGAGUUUGGGAUUUAACGCAACGAAGGAGCAAAGAUGCGCGUCUUCUCGCUGUGCUUGCUCCUGUGCGCGCAACUGGAUUUAGCCGUGGGAUAUCUGACCGUCACCAUCGAGCCGCUGCCUCCCGUGGUCGUGGGUGAGACCGUGACACUCAAGUGCAACUUCAAGACGGACGGACGACUCCGGGAAAUCGUUUGGUAUCGGGUCACAGACGGAGGCACCAUCAAGCAGAAAAUCUUCACCUACGACGCCAUGUUCAAUACCAACUACUCUCACAUGGAGGACUACCGCAGGCGCGAGGACCUCGUGUACCAGUCAACUGUUCGGCUCCCGGAGGUUCGGAUCUCGGACAAUGGACCGUACGAAUGCCACGUGGGCAUCUACGACCGGGCAACGAGGGAGAAGGUCGUGCUGGCGUCGGGGAAUGUCUUCCUCACCGUCAUGGCUCCUCCAAACAACAUCUCCGUGGUGGCCGAGAACACGCCGGCGCCGUUCAGCCGAUACCAAGCCCAGAACUUCACACUGGUCUGCACCGCCAAGGGAGGAAAGCCGGCGCCCUCGGUCUAUUUCAAGCGGGACGGCGAGCUGAUCGAGGUGAUUUCCUACAUUCAGCCUACAGCCAGUGAUCAAGGCGGCGGCGGCGGCUCGGCGGGGUUCCGAGGAGCCAGGCCGCUCAUAAGCCGGGACCUGGACGAGACAAAGCUGCAGCGCUCACUCUCCCUGCUGGACCCCGAGAGCCGGUCGGCGCGUUUGUACACGGAACGGCCGAAGCGUUUCCACACUCAAGGCCUGCAGGCCUCGGAGCCCAGCCCCGCCACAGAGGUCAUUCCGGAGACAGUGGUGAGCCGAGAGUUCCCCCGCUGGGUCCACAGCACGGACCCCCUGUACUACUUCAGCCACACGCACAUCCCGCAAAGCGACGGCUCGGUGGUGGUGCAGGCGCGGCUCACGUGGACCCUCAACCCGCAGCUGGAUAACGACGCCCUCUUCAGCUGCGAGGUCAAACAUCCGGCCCUCUCCAUGCCCAUGCAAACCGAGGUCACAUUGGCUGCCCCAAAAGGCCCGAAGCUCUUUAUGACCCCCAGCAGGGCCAAAGUCGGGGACACGGUGCGCAUCACUGUGCAAGGAUUCCAGGUAGGACCCCGCGGGAACGAGGUGUUCCCGGAGCCCCUGUUCACCUGGACCCGCGUUGGGGGCCGCCUCCUGGACGGCAGCAGCGAGCGAGACGGCAAGGAGCUGAUUCUGGAGAGGGUCCCGGCCGAGCUCAACGGCUCCAUGUACCGCUGCACGGCCCAGAAUCCUCUGGGGUCCACCGACACGCACACCCGCCUCAUCGUCUUUGAAAAUCCAAGCAUGAUGAAAAACACGCAAAGCCAGAACAGUAGAGCCUCGCACAUGAACGUCGUGGGCGGCUUCACGUGGCUAGCCCUCGUCCUCACAGUGACUGCGGAACUGACGUGAAAACUCGUGCACUCACACUCGUACACACAUACUUGUCCUUGUCACACACACACACACAUGCAAAAAAACAACAACGAAACAUCAGUUUUCUUUCUACAACCUUGCGAGUGUCAACAAAACUUCUGUUGGGGUCGCGGUGCUGCCUCCCAUAGGCGCUCCUACUAUUUUUUUUUUUUUCGUAACGAAAACAUCCACAAUUACGUGAUCUAUAGAACAUGAUGAACAUGACACCCUCCUUCCUUAUAUCCCAAGUUAAACUUUUUUUUUUGUUUCUUGUCCCACGUCUGCCUGUCAGCCAAUAAAAUCAGUUCAAACUGUUCAGAUUUGACUUUUUUUUUGUCUAAGUGUUAUUUCAGUUUCCAUGCAAAUGAUGAGUGGCUCAGGCUAUGCCUCCCAUUAAAAAAAAAAACAAAAAAAUCUUCCGCACCUAUCUGCUCCCUCUCCCGGAAUGCAGCGGAUAAGCACCACAAGGGGGCAGAAGGGUGGAGGAUGCGGGGGUUCGCAAUGCCGACGUUCAAACAGAACAAUCUCUAUACUAUUCAAGUAUCUCUUUUUAUUUUCUUUUGGAGGUUUUAUUUUUUUGGUCCUCUUUUUGAUGGCUCAGAAUGUACAAAAGAAUUGAAAUCUCCUGUUUUUGAGUGUAUUUUGUGUACAUCAGUGUAAAUAAAACAGAUAAAGAGGUUUUAUGGCGUCAUGGUGAGGGACGGAGCUGUUUUGGCUGGCAGAAAAACAAACAAACCGCUUUUUAUGUAUCCCAUUAUUACUUUUUUUUCUUGUAUGACAAGUUUUGUCGCAUUUGUCCGAUGUUUUCAGGAUUGUGAUGCAUGUGAGUUUGUUUAGUUGUUUUUUUUUUUUACAAUUUUUUCUUUGAGGCGCUGCUGCAGCAGCUCGUUGCAGCUGUUUCCUUGUCAUGCUAUCUUAAGUGACUUACAUUGCGUGUGUGUGUGUGUGCGUGUGUGUGUACGUGUGUGAAUAUAUAUGUAAUUCUCUCUCUCUCUCUCACGCGCACACACACCCACAGAUGUUUGCUGAGAUUAAUAACGUCAUAAUAGCCGCCGUCCCCCCACCCCUCCCUCACGCCAGUCUUAUAAAACAGGGUUGUUUGCAUUUGUUUCAUUUCACCUGUAUUAAAGUGGAGCGUUGAUCAAGCUGA